AUGAGUUUAAUACGAAGCAAAUCAAGUGAUUUUAAAAAGAAAAUCAACUAUUGUCAAUUACCAACUGGUCGAAUUGCCAAUAUACGACAGGCACGACAGUUAAUCCAACAGUAUGAACAAUAUUCAAGGGAAGCUGAUCAAUUCAAUGAACAAUACAAUCAACUACAACAACAACUAGCAUCUGAUCAAUUAGAUCCAAAUGCAGAAGCAGCAGCAAUAGCAGCUUCUGAUAGAGUAAUUGACAGUCGUGAAACUUUUCGUCAGCGAAUGGUUCAUUUGAAAGCUUUAUAUGAUCAAGCAAUAACAUAUAUGAAUACAAAAGGAAAACGGCAAUCUAUUUGA